AUGAACACGGUGUACAAGCCAGUCACGCUGGAUAGGAUGGCAUCCCAGUCGAUCUAUGAUUAUGCCACUGAUAGCCAAAGACUGUCAAAUAACCAUCCCAAUCAACCAUUUUCACAUGGACCAGAACUUCCUUUUGCAGUCGAGGCUACUCAAUCACAAAAUAACCAAUGCGAACACCUAUCUGUAAUGUCGACGCCAUCGUGCAGUAAUGACGACCAAUACCCGUCUUAUGCAGAAAUUGAAGUUAUCAUUCAGGAAUAUUUAGACAACCUGUCAUCCAAAAAGCGUGACAAGGCUCUCAUCGAUCGCGAUCGUUACAUGCUCAUUCUCCAAGUCCUCAAGCGUCCCAAGAACACUGCUAUAUCCACAGCACAAUUCAGAUUCUGGGUCAAGAAGAUGUUUAGACUGGUUUCUUGUGGAGGAAACAGCUAUAUCUAUCACGACGAUAAACCAGUAGCCACACGAGAAGACAUAUAUGGUAUUCUAUUGUGUGCACAUAAUGAGUCUCGUCAUGGUGGAAGGGACAAGACUUCAGUUUUGGUUCGUCAGCGUUAUUCAUGGAUCCCAAAAGAACUAAUUGCGCGCUUUGUCCGCAGUUGCCCUGUCUGCAUAUUGAAGCGUAAUGGUAGUCAGAGCCCCACACUCGGAUUUCCUAGGACUCCGUCUGACACCUGUGAGCCAGUCCAGACAAUGGAUGGAUUUGUCCAAAUGGAAACUCACAAUGCGUUUUCCAAGUAUUUUCGCCGUGACCACCCAGCAAUCGCCGAUGAGGAAUGGCACCGCCAAAACUUUGGACACAACUAUCAGCAUUAUAAUCAGCACCUAAAUAAUCACAAUAUCCAUAAUAACAAUAGUGAUAAUAAUAAUAAUAAUAUCUGCCUUUAUCACGCGCCAACUCAUCCCGUCAUCGAUGGCUCUCUUGGCAUGUCUACAUCUGUACCCGCAGCAACCGUCACUGCUUCAUCCGAACAAUUUGCUUUUGGUCCUCUGGCUCCGGAUUCCUUUGACUCUUCACUAUAUGGCCACACUUGCUCCGAAUCGAAUCAUCUUCCGUCUACUUUUGGACCAUUCUGUAACACAUGUCAGCCUGCACCAUCUGAUGUGGGCUACACCGCAGAGAUCAUGAACGCGUCUUGUUCAGCCAAUACUCUGACUGCUAGUCACAACUAUCCACGGCAGCCAUCGAGUGUAUCAUCAUUGUCAUGCUCCCCAUCGACAACGUCCUCUGAGUAUAUCAUGCAGUCCACACCGUCUGUUCCUUAUGCCGAGUGCGCGCCCAACUGCAUUACUGCCAGUCUCCCCUUGGAUCGCAUACUUGUAGAUCAUAUUAUGUCCCCAAGUGAAGUCUCAAAUCUCCUCUCGGACCAGAACCCUGAAGAGUCCUUUGGGCCGUACUAUGCUCGACCAAUGUCUUCGUUUGUACACAUGAACACAAUGCCUUUUGAUGUGAAGCAAAAUCCAAACUACUUUUAA